GUCAGGAGACAAAUGCUCCCAACCUUGACAUUUCGUGUGGUAUCCGGGAUCUGGCACAACGUUGUACCCUGGAAUGAAACGAAUUCUGACCAGUCAUCGAGAUGGACGUCUUCUUCCGAAUCAUGCCCAAGAGAGAGCAGAAGGUCCUCCGGGUAUGCAUUGCGAUAGCCAAUGCUAUUUUCAUGUUGGGAGCUAGGAAAGGAGGUCGUUCGUCUCCAUGAUGACCAUGGACAAUCACAGACAAUGAAGGACUCAACAUCGGGGCUCUGAUCCUCCGUACCCCAUGGCCUACAGUACUCCGUAGUGGCCUUGUUAUUCUGUCCUGCGUUGGCUGGGUGACGGAGGCCGCCUAAUCGACGGGGAUGCAGAGACGUGGAUCAAGCCCCGAGGUGUCAACAAGUGCACACACCAUCUGCUUCAGGAGAGCCUUAUCUUUCUCCCACCGCACUCGAAUAUCUCAAAACCAAGCCUCCGCCUUUGCACAAGAACAGCGCCUGACUCACGGACAUUGUAUUUUGGAUUGGAAGUAAAAGGCGGUCACUCUUAUUCACUAUGGUGAGUUCCAUGCGUUCAUUCGUCCAAUGGUAUUUCGGCUUCGGGUCGUGGAGGGCAAGAAGAAAGGAUGCUCCCGACGCCAAUGGAAACCGUCUCACAGACACAAACAUCUUUCACCCCUCAAGAGAAAAUCGCGCCGGCAUCGACCUCUACGCUUCUUAAAUCGUCCCUUUACAACCUCAUGAUCCAUAAUGGCUAACUCACAAACCGCCUCGCAGACUUCUACCAACUACAAAGAAGCCUUUUCCCUGUACGACAAGCGUGGCAAUGGCCGUGUCUCUCUCGAAUCGCUUGGCGAUCUUCUCCGAGCCUGCGGGCAGAACCCGACUCUUGCAGAAAUCAGAGAAUUAGAGAAACAAGUAGGAGGUGACUUCGACUUCGACUCAUUCAGCAAAGUCCUCAACCGACCGGGCGGCUUCAGAGAUCCUGGCGAGCCAGAAGAAUAUUGCCGCGGCUUCCAGGUGUUCGAUAAAGACAUGACGGGCUUCAUUGGUGUGGGUCAACUCAGAUAUAUUCUUACAAACCUGGGCGAGAAGAUGAGCGAUGAAGAGGUUGAUGAAUUGUUGAAGGCUGUCGACACGAGCAGCGGGGAGAUCAACUACAUGGAAUUGGUCCGCACCAUUCUUGCUAAUUGAGGUUCUGUCUACGCGCAUAUGGAAAGUUGGAGCGUCUCUUGAUCACGAGUGUAUGGUGUUAUGGCAUGCAAAGCAAUUCAUUGCUUGGUGGCUGCGUUGGCUCUGGCGCAAAUUGUCUAGGGUUGGUUCUUCACAAACGGCACCACGGUGUUGACACAGGCAUAUACCUGUGAUUCAGUCCCACGGAUACCGGGGAAGCAGAUACAAUUCCUUCAACGUGUCUUGUGUGUCUGAAUACUUCUGCUCAUGCACUCUGUGCCCAGGAUGGUGUGUCCGGUUUGACUCCCUUGCUCAUGUCUCCGGUCGUUACGAGUCCUCCAGGGAGCAGAUACACAGGCUCUGCCGGUUUCUCUGCAUUUGUCGAGUGUGCCCCUUCAAGACUGAAACCAAGCGGGAGCUUGCAUCUUCCACACCUCAGUAACCUUCUCUUCUCGAACCCAUCCUCGCGCCGAAUGACGACAGCUUUGCGUUCGAGCACAGUGUUUAGCAAAACAGAUUCAGCAGGUCGGUCGCUCGUUAUCGACAGCUCAUUGGAAUUGUUGAUAUCGAUGGGAGGAGGAAGGAUCAAAGCAUCGUCCCGGACUGGUUCAGUGCGGUGAGGAAGAUAUUGGAGGUCAUGCACCGUAGCAAGAAUGAGUGUACUGCAUAGACAAUGGUAUGAAUUGACCCGCGGGCUCGAUGAAGUUGCCGCCUCGGCCAUGUGAAGCAC